GCAGGACUUCGGCGGAGGGCCAAAUGUAUUCAAUUCGUUGGCACACUUCUUGACGUCUUGUUUCUCAUUAUUUUGUUUUUCCAAAAAAACAAAAAAAUUUAAAAUUAAUUUUUCUAUUUAUACAUUUAUUCCCCCUAAUCCGUCCGUAUAUUAUCAUUGCCAUUGCCUCUGAACAUCUUUUCCCUAUAUAUAUAAAACUAUACGCUGCGUAAGGGAAAUUGAAAUUCUAUCUUCUCGCCUCGAGUCCUUUGAGGAUCUGAAGAAGAAAGAAAGUUCAUACAUUUCUUGAGUGAGAGAAUCAAAAAAUGGAGGGCGAAAUGAAGGCUUCGAGAUUCAAGAGGAUUUGUGUGUUCUGUGGGAGCAGCCAAGGGAAGAAGAGCAGUUAUCAGGACGCUGCCAUUGAAAUCGGCAAAGAAUUGGUUUCAAGAAACAUUGAUUUGGUGUAUGGAGGGGGCAGCAUAGGGCUGAUGGGCCUGGUCUCACAGGCUGUUCAUGAUGGUGGUCGCCAUGUUAUGGGAGUUAUUCCCAAGACGCUCAUGCCCAGAGAGUUGACUGGUGAAACAGUAGGGGAAGUGAAGACUGUUGCAGAUAUGCAUCAAAGAAAGGCAGAGAUGGCUAGACAUUCAGAUGCCUUUAUUGCCUUACCAGGUGGUUAUGGCACACUUGAGGAGCUACUUGAAGUGAUCACUUGGGCUCAACUUGGCAUUCACAACAAACCGGUCGGGUUACUGAACGUCGAUGGGUACUACAAUUCCUUGCUGACAUUCAUUGACAAAGCAGUGGAAGAAGGCUUCAUAAGCCCAAACGCCCGCCACAUCAUUGUGUCUGCGCCUACUGCCAAGGAACUGGUCAGGAAAAUGGAGGAGUAUGUUCCAUGCCAUGAAGGAGUUGCACUGAAGUUGAGCUGGCCAUCAUGGCAGGGAGAUGAGGGCCAUGAAACCCCCCUUGAAUUCGCAGCAUAGGAACGCUCGUUUCAGUGCAAGAAUUAAGAUACUGAACCAGCCAGGAGAUGCUAACCUCAAAUUCCUAGAUAUUUUUGCUGUGGAGGGGUUCUUUUUUUAUUUUUUUAUUUGUAUAUUUAGUGCUUGAAAAAUCAGAUCUUGCAUUAUAUAUGGCAUAUAAUAUAAAUAUAUAUAUAUGGUUUAUCCUAAGUCCCUCUCAUGAGGAAGUGAAAGUCAUGCUUUUUUGUGCAAGAAAGCUGUAACUAAGUA